AUGGCGGCUUCCAACAGCAAUAACGCGCAGCGUUCCGGAAGAUUCAUUGAAUCCCUCCAGAACACAGCCCCGCAGGUCGUGCCCUCUUCGAAGAGCGGGAAUGAAGACGAGGAAUCGCGAAAAAAGAGACUAGCACGCCAGCACCUUCAGAAGGCUCGUGAGGCCCUCCCUCAUACACUCGAUUCUGCCCCAAAGCAUGACACUCCCGAGGAUGUCGAGACGUCGGAUUCAGUCGAUUCCGAUGUUUCAGUGAGUGAUGAUGAGCCGGUUCAUUUAGUCGCUGAACUCGCGGCGGUAAGCACGCACGAAGACCUCGACCACCCGAUGCCAGACUAUGACCCUGGGCUGGACUCUGCCGAUACAGGUGUGCCCGAGGGCCUGGAGUCAGAUGAUGUGAUCAUGGAGGAUGCCCCUCCUCUACACGAAUCUGAGCUGGACUCUGCUGAUACAAUUGUGCCCGAAGGCUUGGAGUCAGAUGAUGUUGUCAUGGAGGAUGCCCCUCCCCUCGACGAAGGCGAGGAAUAG